AUGCCUCAUUCUCUGCCUCAUGGCGUGGUGAUGGGGAAUUCUCAUCCGUUCUAUUCACGCUGCGAAUUAUGCACACAUGGAGGUAUUGAGCCAGUGGUAACUGUUCGUGUUCGAGGUCCCGCUGACAACGCUGACCUAACUGCCCCGCUUGAACUUGAAAAUAAACACUAA